CGAAAAGUUUUACUAAUUCCAAAUCGAUAAGUCUUGACCCUCCUCGAACACGAUAAUGCGGGAUAUGACCCUGGUUGUGUGGCAGCAACCACGUGUAGGAUGUAUGUUAGCGAAUUAUUUAACUCCCUUGCCACAAAAUUCGGCCUAUACACUAGCUUCAUUACAGCCUCAUAUAGCGCUCGCUCGGGUGGCACCCUCGCGUAUAAAGUACGUUGGUCGGAUUGAAUUUCCUGUGCGUACAGAGGCAACUCUUGAGACUGAGCCACGUUUGUAAUCCACUUCUCCUGCACCCCUUUACUCAGUAUACUAGUCCAAAUAAACAGGAACUCAUCUGGCAUACACCGUCCUCAUACGUCAAUUAUUCAAAAACUUCACUAUGGCUCUCCCAGCAAGCAAUGGAAAAACUAUACUGAUCACGGGAAUUAAUGGCUACAUUGCCAGCGUUCUCGGACAGCUCCUACUUAGCAAAGGGUACUCCAUCCGAGGCACGACUCGUCGCACUGUAGCUUCAGAUCCGCUUCUAAAAGGCCCAUAUGCACCUUACAAAGAGCGAAUCCAGAUCUACGAGAUUCCAGAUAUGACUGUUAGUGGAGCAUUUGAUGAAGCGGCUAAAGGUGUCCACGGAAUUUUACACACUGCAUCUCCAAUCAGCUUUGUCCUUAACAGCUAUGAGGCCACUGUCAUUCCAGCUUUGAGAGGCACUGAGACUAUUCUUAAGGCUGCCUUCAAGGCUGGCCCUCAAUUAUCAUCUGUGGUUGUCACAUCUUCAGUUGCUGCAGUUACGAACUAUCCAGCAGAGACGGGAUACGUGUUCACUGAAAAAGACUUCGCUCACGUUGCCUUAGAUGUAGCUACUAAGAAUAAGGCCGAAGGGGUAAAGACUCCAGAAGCAAUUUUGUACUCGGCAAGCAAAACUGCUGCUGAGAGAACCGUGUGGAAGUUCAAGAAUGAGCAAAAUCCACCAUUUGCAAUCUCAACAAUAAACCCAAGCGUGGUGAUAGGCCCGCCAAUAAUCAUCCCUGAUAGUGGAUUAAAGCUCAACGAGACUCUCCAGCCCAUAUACAACAUCCUCUCCGGAUCCGUCUCUGAGAUUCCCGCACAGAUUGGAAGCGGCGCAUAUGUAGACGUCAGAGACGUCGCGGCAAUGCACGUUUGGGCUUUUGAGAAUCCAGAAAAGGCAAAUGGGGAGAGGUAUAUUGCCGCCACUUCCUAUGGACCGCCGCAGGGAGUUGCGGAUAUCCUGCGUUACAAGUACAGGGGAACCAAGAUUGCAGAAAAGAUUCUAGUAGGUAACCCUGGAAAGGGUUACAUUGGCUAUGACAAAAAGACUGGAGAAGUUUCUGAGCCCGAUUACCUCCCAGAAUUUCCGCGCCCUUCUGCGAAGAAGGCCCAAGAGUCAAUGGGGCUCACGUGGAUUCCAUUCAAACAGAGUGUUAUAGAGACCGCUAAGGCAUUAGAGCCUCUAUUAUAAGAAACUUAUCUAAGAUCUCUGAAUGUUGAUACUGGUUUAAUCCCCUAAAUGCAAUUAUAGUGUUGCGAUGAAACAUAUGCAUCAGUCAAUUUACACGAUUUUAGCCAUUUUAUAUCUAGUCUCUUAAUGGAAUCAGAAUCUAAG